CCUUUGUCUUGGAUUGUUGCCACAGUCCUCUAUAUACUCGUGAUGUCCAAAAUUGAACUGGAUUUUGAUUUGCUAACCUAGUAUAUUUGACAAUACUAUAUUCGGCAAAACUGCUUUUAAUAGGAACCAAUCUUGAAAAGGCAACACUUUUCUGCCCAUCAAUAGGCAAAUAUACUAUUUUGUAUAAUUGACUGUAUUCAUUUGUGAUCAUUGUUAACUGUCAUAGAAAUCAUUUAAUAGGUAGUAUAAAGAGGACUUGGUUUAAAGGCAUACAAUGCUAAUAAACCUCCUGGGAUGGUAGAGCUUUCAGGAAUGCCACUUUAAGUAUAUCUUUAAACAAAUGUAAUUAAAAUCAGUAGACCUCAGCUUUUUAAAAUGGAGCUGUCUAUAUGUAGGACUGCAGUUCUGUUAUUCCUCUUAUAGAAAGAUGCUGUUUGCAGGACACACUGUAGACAGCAACAAUGGGAAAUAGGAGACAUAGGUUUCUGAAAUCUCUAAAUGAGCCCUCUGCGUCUUUUCCAGUUUUCCAUGGCUACCUUUGAAUCAUUUGUUUAGUGCAUUACCUAUAUUAAACUUCUGCUUCAUGAGUGAGCAAGAUGUUCCAGAAGUUUUUGGGCUGCCAUUCUCAUCAUUCUUGGCAGUGCCCCCUCCCGGGUGGAGAUGGAAGCCAAUGCAGCAAGCGAUGAGGGUGUGCAUUUCCAGAGCUACCCUUUUGACUUCUUGGAGUUCCUGAACCACCAGCGCUUUGAACCUAUGGAGGCCUACAACCACGAACACGCCAAAGCUGUUGCUGCCCUCCCUUGCCCACAGCCACAGUAUGAAUAUGCCCAACCACCAACAGCUGGUCCACCUGCUCACUUUGACCGUGUCCCUGCCACUAUUGGCACACCUAAACCCAAAGCUGAGGGCCCAUCCUCUUCUUCCUCAGCUACCUCAUCAGGUACCAUUCAAGUCAAGAAAGCUGAACCAGGGGGCCCUGCACCACCUCCACCCCCCCAGCAGCAACAGCAGCAGCAGCAACCACCAUACAGUACUCCAGCUGUGGUACCAACAGCAGGUCAGCCUCUUUUUGACAGUACAGCAGCAGCAGCCGCUGCUGCUGCUGCUUACAACACUCCCCAGUGGGGCAUAGUAGACCUUUCUGGCCACCAGCAUCUCUUCAGCAGCCUGAAACGUGGGCAGGCUCCCCCAUCAGCUGCAGCCACGGUAGCUCCUGACAGUCAGGCAGGCAAAGACGAUAAGAACUAUUUCCGUCGACUGAAAUACUUCAUUGAUCGGCGCUUCCCAUGCGGUGUAUGCCAGAAGUCAUUCAAGCAGUCAUCCCAUCUUGUGCAACACAUGUUGGUGCACACAGGCGAACGGCCAUAUGAAUGCACCACCUGUGGUCGUACCUAUAACCAUAUCUCCAGCCUCAUCCGGCAUCGCCGUUGUCACAAAGAUGCUGAGGAUGCUACUGCUGCUGCUAACGCAGCAGUUGUUAAUGCAGCAGCUGCCAACGCUGCGGCCGCCAAUGUAGCAGCUGCCAAUGUGGUUGCUGCUGCUGCUGCCGCUGCUGCUGCCGCGAGCAUAACAGCAGCACCUGGUGCUGAGGGAACAGCACAGCCUCCUACCCAAAGCGGCAACCCUCAGUCAGUUGCUACACCAUCUGGAGGCGCAGCCACAUCUGCCCUCAGUGCUGCCAUAGCUCAAGCCGAAGGUCCUUUUACCUGCUCUCUGUGCUGGAAAGUGUUUAAAAAGCCAAGUCACCUUCACCAGCAUCAGAUUAUCCAUACUGGUGAGAAGCCAUUUUCCUGUUCCAUCUGCCAGAAGAGUUUUAAUCGCCGUGAGAGCUUAAAACGACACGUGCGGACACACUCAGAUCUGUUGCGAGUGCAGUGUGGGGUUUGUGGCAAAGAAUUCCGGGAUGCCUCCUACCUCCUCAAGCACCAGGCCACUCACGCUCCUCCUGGAACUUUACCUCCACGACCUGAGUACAAAUGUGACAUUUGCGGCAAGGGCUAUGUAGCUCCCCAGAAUUUACUACGUCAUCGGCAGCUCCAACAUGAAGGUGCCCAGCUGUCCAAAGAUGGCACUAAUACCUUGCCUUAUCUGCCACCAGGGGCCUACCUCCUUCCACAAGACCCACAAGGCACAGGCUCUGAGGGAGAUACCAAGCCAACAUCUUAUGGUCUCUUGGGUGCCCACCCCUUGCUGGUGGGGACAGCAGCAGGCAAGAAUUUCUGCUGUGGGAUCUGUGGCCGUGGAUUUGGGCGACGGGAGACACUAAAGCGUCAUGAGCGGAUCCACACGGGUGAGAAGCCUCACCAGUGUGCAGUGUGCGGGAAGCGUUUCCGUGAAUCUUUUCACCUCAGCAAACACCAUGUAGUGCAUACUCGGGAGAGGCCAUACAAAUGUGAAAUAUGUGGGAAAGUGUUUGGUUACCCCCAAAGCUUAACGCGGCACAAACAGAUUCACCGAUUACAGCUACCUUGCUCUUUACCACCCAUGGGGCCCUCCCUGACCCCCAUGGGCCCUUCUCUCCCUCCACCCCCCGAGGGACUAACUUAUGGCUGUUCUGACUGUGGAGAGCGCUUUCCUGAUCUUUUUCAUGUCAUGAGCCACAAGGAGGUCCAUGUGGCUGAAAAGCCCUACCCUUGUGAUGUCUGUGGCAAAUGUUUUGGUUUCAUUGAGAAUCUGAUGUGGCAUAAGCUUGUCCACCAAGCUGCUCCUGAGAGACUUGUACCACCAGAUGAAACGGCAGCUGCUGUCGCCCCACUAGAGAAUGGACUAGCUAGUGGUGAGAACAUAUCAUCUUAUGAAGAUCAUCCGACUUUACCGAGUGGAGAACGUUUCUCCUGCUCUAUCUGUGGCCAGACCUUCAAGCAUUUCCUGGGACUUGUGACUCACAAGUAUGUGCAUCUGGUGCGUCGCACAUUGGCCUGCUCGGUCUGUGGACAGAGUUUUGCUGGAGCUUAUGACUUGCUGUUGCAUCGCCGCACACACUUGCAAAAGCGGCACUUCUCUUGUCCAGUCUGUGGCAAGCGCUUCUGGGAGGCUGCCCUUCUCAUGCGUCACCAGCGCUGCCACACCGAGGAGCGCCCGUACCGCUGUGCUGUCUGUGGGCGUGGAUUUCUGCGGUCUUGGUACCUGCGUCAACACAAAGUGGUUCACACGGGUGAGCGUGCUUACAAGUGUGCCCUCUGCAACAAGCGCUUUGCCCAGUCAUCCAGUCUGGCAGAACACCAGCGUCUUCACGUAGUUGCCCGGCCUCAGCGUUGCCCUACUUGUGGCAAGACCUUCCGCUACCGUAGCAACCUUUUGGAACACCAGCGGGUCCACCUGGGAGAGAAAGUCUACCGCUGUGACCGCUGCUCUAAGAGCUUCUUCUAUCUGUCAUCCAUUCUGCGUCACCAACGCUCCCAUGAUGCUAAGCGUGAAUUAAGAUGUGGGGCCUGCCUUAAGCUCUUCAAAGACCCCAAGUAUUUUAGCAAACACCUCCAGGCCCAUCAAGGAGGACGGCCCUUCAAAUGCAGCACCUGCGGAGAAGCCUUCUCCAAUACUUAUGGCCUCAAAAAGCACCGCCACAUUCACAAGAUGGAGCGCUUUGCUGCCAUGGGGGCCCAUAAGGAACAGCCCUAAUGUUUGAAUAAUAGCAACAGAAAAAAAAAAGGGUGGUCCGUAUCUUGGUACUGUAGGAUGAGAUGUGAAGCUAGUUCCAGGUUUCUGUGAGCCACGAUGGCAAGGCAUUUCCAUAUAUAGAAAAUAAGACGUGCUUGUUGGCAGUGAGAUGCUCCAGUUGGGCACUAAUUUGGAAGAGUCAUCAACCAUAAAGUCACAAGCAGGACAAGCCAAAUAGAGGCAAGAAUGAAUUGUAAAGAUAGGGUAUGUAAUUAAUAAGUGGUAGCCACCAGUUACUUGCUAGAUUUCUGCUCUCUAACAGAAUAUCUUGACCACUCUAGAUUUUUAAACUAAUUGCCCGGGGAAAGAGAGAUGGAGAUAGCAAUCAUAGAAGUGACCUUUGCAUGUCAAGCAUGGCCACAGUGUUGGGAGAUGAAAGUUUCUUCCUGUUUCUGAGCAAAUGGGAGCAAAUAAGGUUAUAGUGGAAUGACAUUUUUUUCAUCUGAAGCCUAUGUUCUGGAAUGGAAACCAUGUGGCAUUCCAGUUCACAAGAAGAGAUGGUGCUUCCUGUAAACUCCUUUACCUAGAGAGAAAUGUUAGACCCAAUUCACUAAUUUGGGAAUGAGACAGGAAGGACCAAGAUUCAGCACUUGAGGAAUGUCCACCAAUCUUUUGUGUAAACUCAACUAUGUAAUCUGUAUUAGGUAAGCCUUGCUUGCAUUCUCUGAAAGACUUUAAUUAGUGUCCUUUCUUUAUAUGUAUAAACAAAAUAGUCUAGUUCUCAAUUUUUUAAGACCUGGGAGGUAGUGACACAUGGCUGUGGACAGUAGAAAGUUAACAGAGUCUGCUUGAAUUGUCUAGUAGUGUGGCGGCACCUGUUGUCUAAAUGCUGUUGUGCCAUAACAUUUCUAUUAUAUCUCUGCCUCCAGAAGAAUAUCAGUUCAUGAUGCAACUGGAGGUUCACAAAAACUUUACCUAUAAAAGAAAAGUUGAGCCCGGAAGGUUUUUAGCCAAGCUUCCCUGGCAUGCCACUUUCCACAUUUAGGAAGCACCGAAUGUUAAAAAAAGCAUUUGGAAUUUUUAGUCCUAUUAUGCAGCCCUGAAGAAGCAAAAUCCCAGGAUAAUUCUAUUGUGUUUUUUUCUAAACGUUCAAGCUGGCCCAUCAGGAGUAGAGAGGAAAUACAAAAAUAGGCUAGGCUCCUUCCCCUUUGGGUUAGCUCUCUUCCUUUGUGCUCAACAUUCUUCCUAAUCUGUUGGACUUAAUAUAGAUGAACUCAUGUGUAAAUAAUACCUUACUUUGAGCCCUAAAAUGGGAUGUGGGUUUGGAAUGAGAGCUGUGACUGUACAUUGUUAGCCUUCCCUAAUGUUAGCUUUCCUUCUGCCCACCACUGAAAGUUGGAUAUGAAACUGUGAGAAAAAAAUAAACUUAAUUGGUGGGUCUACCAGGAUUGCAUAAUGCUUUGGCUGCUUAGCUGCUCUCCUGCAUUCCCUGGUUUGAUCCAUAAGACAUUCCUAGUAAGACAUGGUGUAUCUACAUAGUUCAUUGAGCUAACUGCCCUGGCCUUGUAACUCCAUGGUUAUUAGACUUGUAUAAUGCUUCAGGUUUGACUCCAGAAAGGUUCUUCAAAGUACAAACACAACAUCAGGGAUUGUGUGACUGCUGGAGAUCUCUAAAAGUCACCAAUGGGUGUUGUAUUCUUUGCCCCAAGCACUCCGAAGCACCUUAUCAAAUCUGAAGAAAUGCAAAAAAAACCCUUUUAUACUUAUUUGACACCAGUCUGAAUGGAUCCUCCCUGCACCUGAAGUGGAGAAUACUGACCAAGCAUGAAUAAAAAGAUCCUUGCAAACUCUCUGACUUCCCCCAACAACCUUUCCUCCUCAAUCCUCCUCCAGCAAAUUGUAAACACUGGAGCACAUCUUUAGAUAGACUGGAGGGGAAACUAAUUUGCUAGAUGCAACCAAAAAGUUAUAAAAACAGGCAACCUUGUGUACAGUGGACACCACAUAGAUAAUUCCCACUUCCUUCCCCUCUUGUAACCCAAGCUGACAGUACAAUAGAAAGUAAUUUCAGCAUUUCCAUUCUCACAAAGUGAGAGCAUCUCUUCUACUAGGUGGCUGCACCAAGUGCUACUUGGUGUUGCUUUUGGUCUGUCACCCACUUGCUCACAUCCAUAGUUCCCAGACUGGUGAGUGUCAAUCCGUGAUUGUGAGGAUCCAAAGAUGUACUGUUUAAAUUUGGUUGUCCAGUGCCUAGAAGAGGAAAAGUUGCCAAAGUCUUUUUCAGUCGUGGUUAAUAGAAUUGGAGUUUAUUGAGUGCAGGUAUUUCUUAAGGCAGCCUCCUCCCUCUUUCCCCAGAAGUCUUGGC